AUGGAUGAUGAUCUUGACGAAAUCCUGAUACUUUUGGUUUGUGACGGUUUUGUCCCGAUUGAUUCUCUUCCCCACGUUUUCCGCCAUGGACGAACCGGACCGCGGUGCCAUCCCCGACACCCCGCAUCCCCCGCGCCCGACCCCCCUCCCGCCCCUGAACCGGAGCCAGCCCCCCUCCUGUCCCCCCGCAGCCCCGACUUCCUCGAUGAAUUCCUGGUGCACGCCACCACCGCCCACGGGGACGGCGCCCCUGCCGAGGGCUCCACCGCCCCCGACGUGGACAUCACGGACAACGAUCCCUUCUUGGCGGAGCUGUUCUCCGCGCAGCCCCCCGCGGCGCCCCCGACCGACGUAGAGAAGGAGGAGCCCCCAAAGGCGGAGGAGAAGGAGCCGGAAGCGCCACCGGUGUUCAAGCGGCCCUUCAGCCCCCGCGCGGCCUCCCCGACGGAGGGGGCCGCCGCCCCCGGGGAGCGCGAGCGCGACGUCAGCAGCCAGUAUGCGCGGAUGCGCCGGGAGUUGCGACUGCAGCCGCAUCCGCUGCAGCGCUGUUUCUUGACGGGGAUCAAGCAGAAACGCGCCGAGACCGAUGACGGGCACAUGGCGGCCAUUCUCAACGUGAGUGACGGCCAGGUUUUAAAAGAUUCCGGGAAGCUGCUGCUGCCGGACGUGGUGCUGCAGUCGUACCUGGCGGAGGCCGGGCUGGAGGUGCGCGACAGUAAAGUGGCGCGGCUGGUGGGCGCCAUGGCCGAGCAGCACACCGGCUCGCUGGUGCAGGACGCCAUGCAGAUCUUCCUCGACGGCCAGCACGAGCGCCGACGCCCGGGAGGUGGCGGCGGCGGCGGCAAUCCGCACCCGCCGGCCGCCAACGCCAAGGACAAGGAGACCGCCAGCGGGGUCAGCGGCGUCAGCAGUCAGACCAGCAGCAGCACCGCCACGUCCUCCACCGGCUCCGCAACCGGCGGGAAACCGGCCAAAGGCAAGGCCGCCAAAAAUACCAACGGGAAAAAGAGCGGCGGGAAGGGUAAACGCCGCAAAGCCGACACCGACCCCUCUGAACCCCCCGCCGACGACCUCUCCCUGCCGCUGGACACCCCCGACCUCCCCGGGGACCCCGCGGACACCCCCGGCGGCCCGCCGGACCCCGCGGCCCCCGACGGCGACGGGGGCGCCGCCGGCGAGGUUCUGAGCGAGCGCGGCGCCGAGGAGAAAGCGGCCUCCAUCGUCUCGGGCCGCGACAAGGACCGCCACCGUCUCACCCGCCGCGAGCGCGAAAAAGAGGCCGAACGCCGCAACCUCCUCAGCAUGGAGCUGCUGGCGCCGGUGCUGCGCGAACACGGCUACCAGGUGGGCCGGCCGCCGUAUUUUGUCAAUUAAAAUAUGGAUUUCUCGGCCUUUUCACUGGCCCACGCGUUACCCCACUUGAUUCGCGGAUUUUCGUGUGGCGUGUUUAAAAAGGGAUUCUUCAGCACGCGCGCCAGCGUCAUAUAUCUGUUUCGCGAUGCAGCGGAACGGGAUGGGUGGAGGGCUUCGUGGAAGGCCCGCUCCUCGAAAUAAUCCGCACUUUAUCGCCCGUUACGUGUCGUCGUUUAUCGAAUUAAUUUGAAUCGGUAUUAAAUUAUUAAUUUUAAUUUUUCAACGGUCAUUUUUAUUAACGCUGAACGAUGAUUGGCGCUGAUUUUUUCGGAUUAUUCUGUGGGUGGAUGUUGCAUGUGAUUUGUUGUAAAUUAAUUGAAUUUUCCUUCCCGGCGUAUUCGUGGCAUUUAAUCACGGUUUAUCGGUAUUUGUAUACACCCGAAUUAUACGGUAUUAAUUGUUAAUUGUCCGGCUAUUUCUAGCGUG